AUGCUAGUUGAAUACAACGCCCGAGAUUCUGCAGGAGCUUUAUUGAAAUUCUUCAAAACUCAUCUGCCGAUCUGCUCUAGGCUAUGUUUUCCGAAGCUUUCCGGCUCCAAUUACGGCAGGCGGCUAAUUCCAAGGGUAAGGGUCCUUGAUUCCGCGAAGACAGGGAGGACUUCCCUUUUCGAGCUCAAGAUAAAAUUGAAAGACCGAAAUCCGUACAUCCUUUCGCCAUCAAACUCUCCUUCUUGGUAUAGAAAUCCAGAACCACAAAGGGUCUAUGACUCAUUGCCAUUGAUCGAUCAAAAUCGUCGACAUACAUAUUUGUUUAGACCAGGAGACGUAACGUAUACUCGCAUGCUACUCUGCCAUUCGAAACGACAUGCAAGACUGAAUGACUUCCACGGCCCGUUACGAGGGCAGCGGCUCAAAUCGAGCAUAGAGAUCCAACAAGACUUCUACAAUACCAUUGCAAGUCUCGAAGUCGGAGCCCUCGACACCAAAUACCAACAUCCCGCCUUGGUAUAUCGGCUAGAAUACUAUGUUCCUCUCCCAAUACCGAAUACUUACACUUUUUCGCAUUUUUGA